CCGCCAUGUUGGAAGUAAUAGCAUGAGAGAAGUGGAGAAUCGGGACUAUUUGACAGAAUAAUAACAAUAAUGGCGACGCAAACACUAACCCUAAAGAAAACCUUCCAACCCAGCAGGGUACACGAUUAUCUAUAUGAUCCUCACCAUGUGUUGGCAAGUGAGCGAGACCAUGCCAGGGCCACGUUCAAGUCGCAUACCAGUACGGACCGAGUUAAACGGGUCCCAGUUUAUAGGACGAUGUUUAGUGAGCUGAAACACCAUCCUCGAUUUGAAGUCAGACUCGAUGGUAUUGAUCCAGUUCCCAAAUUCAUUAGUCGCCAGUGGCCAGGUCAUGCUGAGCAGGCCCGUGAGGCAUGUAUUCGAUACACCACAUUCAACUAUGAUCCCUCUGUUCAAGUUCCACCGAAACAUUUCCCCAAUGCAGAGGUAACGGGGAGAAACAGAUACAAGUAUGCACGGAGACCCAUGAUUCCAUUCUUGCAGCAAGUGCCACCAGAAGUUCUGCUUGCAUCAUCGGGACAAGACCCGCUCCAAGUGGCCGACCAGAUGGCCAUCGACCGGCCGCCGACCCCGCUAAACAAGACAGUGGAAACCCAAACAGACUACCGCGACUCUGAGGCGCAGACUGACCCGUACACUCCCGAGUACGUCGUGCGUCCAGGGGAGGCUCCCGAGCUGCUCACGUUAGCCACACUCUCGUACGGGCGAGGUCUGCCUGCCGGUUUGGCUGAAGUGGAGAUGAUCGAGAGGGCGCGAGCCAAGCGUGCAUGGGAGGCAACUCUUCCACCGCUGAAUGACCUCUCUCAGCUGGAGAAGCGAAAACACAUGAUGGACGAUAUGGAGAGGAAGGAGUGGGCGUUGAGAGAACAGGAAAUUGAAAAACUGCAGGAGGCAAGACUGGAGAUGUUGCAGAAACUCCUCAAAGAAAGAGAAGAACACCACCAGGAGUUGAAUAUCAGACGUCUGGACAAACUAUGGUCCAAGAAACAGAAGGUGAAAGAAGCAAGAAUUAAGAAGAUAAGACACGAACACAUCAGAAUGAUCAGAAAACUAACAGUGAAGCACCAUAACGUGGAGGGGAGACUCGAGCGGCCGGAGAUCAUUAACGAGUACUCUAACCACGAUUCCCAGGCUUAUGCACCGAAAACGCGAAUCGGCGUCUUCAUCGACAGAGGCUCCGAGCAAUUUGUUGUCAAAAGCAGAUUCCUCAACACCUUCCAAGGUUUACUUGAGUUGGAGGCAUCACUUCCAGACUUUGUAAUCCAGCCGCGGAUUAAAGCCCCGAAACCCCAGACUGUUACCAAGGCUGGCUUCAUCAAGAGGGCGUACCGGAAACAGCGCGAACUGUUGGAAAUGCACGAGACCAUUAAAGAGGCCAAGGAGCGUGGGGUGCCAGCAGUGAAGCCUCUUCGGUUCCUCGAGAAGAUAGAAAAACCAGUUCCACGACCUCCGACCCCGGCGGUCCCCGUUCCUUUUGAGGAUGAAGAGGAACGUGAAUUGGGCAUAAUAUUCUUACAACAAAUUAUCCGAGGUCGGGCGAUCCAGAACAUGAUGUUCGAAGGCAAGGAGAAACGUAUGGAGCUGAUCAAGGAGCUGAGGAGCACCCACGCUCUGCAGGAGGCCGAACAGCUCCUUAAGAAGCAGGAACUACAGGCGACAUUGGCAUUGCAGAGACAGAGACGUCUCCACGAACACAAGGAGUCGCUGGUGGACGAGGCACUGAGUCACGUGGAGGGCUGCAGUAUCGGCGACAUGGUGGACUACCUUAGCAAGGAGCUAAUACGGCUGCAGGAGGAGCGGAGGAUCCACGCCUUCUCCAUGCUAGCCGAACGACGCAGGCGGGUCCGUGAGGCCGAGGAGAGCGGACUCAGACAGAUGGAGGAGCGGAGACAACGCGAGGAGGACGAGAUAUUCAAACAGGUUGUCAAGGUUCACCAGACGUCUGUUGACACGUAUCUGGAGAGCGUCAUACUCGGGUCACUUGACGACACGGCCGACGUUCAAGCUCGGAGGGAAAUUGAGGAAAUGGCCGAUAAGAUCAACGAUGUGGCUUACGAUGUGGAAGAGAAUCGAACUCAACUGGACUCUGAAGAGAUCGUCGCAGACCUUGUCCACUGUUUCCUUCUACCUGAAGUGAAGAAGAUGACCGUUAGAGAAAAAGUGAAACGAUCCCAGAGGAAGUACUUGUUGGCAGCACAUAAAGAAAUCGUCAAGGAUACAGAGGCUGUUAUUGACAUGACUUCCCAAGCGGUUCAAACGGCCAAGGGGUCUCCACAACUGUCAAGGGAGACCACUGAGGAAGAGCUGCCGGAAAAACCCAGCACAGUGUGAUCACGUGACUCAAGCUCAUUUACAUUUUAAUAUGGAGGAAAGAUCUUAACAAACAAAAAUAAAAUCUUUACUUACACUAUUAUUUAUGUCUAAAUAAUAAUAGUUAAGACACUGAAUGUAAAAAAAUCCUUAUUUUAUACAACAAAAAUAUUUUUGAUAAAAUAUUGAAUCAUUAAGUCAUUUAAAGGGAAAAUAAUUAGUGAAAAAACAAAAACAAACAAAUGUAAAAAAUGUCAGAUUUGGUUUAUAAUGGUUGACUGCUUGUUCAGUGUGUGGCGUAUUUGAUUGUGCUACAACUUGGCAAGUCCCGUGUACACAGCACUUGCGUUCAAUCUGGAAUAAAGUUUUGUUAUACAUAUAUGUGUAUAUUAUAUCUUUAAAACUUUUUAAUCUGUA